ACAAUCUCUUUUCUCAUCGAUAUGGCGUGCCCCACCUUCAAGCUCAAUAACGGCGUCGACAUACCUUCCAUUGGUCUCGGAACUUGGCAGUCGAAGCCAGGUGAAGUGACAAAGGCUGUGGAAUAUGCGCUGAAGGAAGCCGGAUAUAGGCAUAUCGACUGCGCUUGGGCGUAUGGUAACGAGAAGGAAGUCGGUGCAGGGAUCCGUGCGUCUGGAGUGCCCAGGUCUGAGAUUUUUAUCACGAGCAAGUUAUGGGGCACGUACCACCGUAAAGUCGAACAAUGUCUCGACGAGACUCUGGCUAACUUGGGAACUGACUAUCUCGACCUGUAUCUGAUCCACUGGCCCGUCCCGCUGAACCCGAAUGGCAACGACCCCGUCUUCCCUAAGCUGCCCGACGGCACGCGCGACAUCGACUGGGAGUGGAAGAUCUCGGACACCUGGAAGCAGAUGGAGGCCGUGUACAAGAAGGGCAAAGUCAAGGCCAUCGGCGUGUCCAACUUCUCCGAGAAGAAGCUCGAGGAGAUCCUGCCCACGGCCGAGAUCGUACCUGCCGUUAAUCAGCUCGAGAUCCACUUGUGGAACCCGCAGCACAAGCUCAUGGACUAUCUGAAGAGCAAGGGGAUCCUGCCGCAGGCAUAUUCGCCGCUCGGCUCGACGAACUCGCCGUUGUUGCAGGACGAGACUGCCACCGAGUACGCGCAGAAGUAUGGCUUGCAGACCGCGGAUAUCCUCCUGGGCUACCUGAUUGCGAAGGGGAUCGUGGCGCUUCCCAAGUCCGUCACGCCAGCGCGUAUCAAGUCAAACUUUGACGGUGCAGUGCGGGCAGCGUCCAAGCUGACGAAGGAGGACAUUGCGAAGCUCGACGCGGUCGCUCCUGGAGGGAAGCAGAAGAGGUUCAUCGCACCUCCGUGGGUCAUCGACCUUGGCUUCGACAACUGGCCGUAAGUGGGAAACGAAGAAGCUGUAUCAUUAUUUUGUAUGAAUAAAAGGAUCUAUACUCUAGUGUGCACAAGAGAAAGAGUAGGCUCUAAGCUAGCUAUAUGGAUGAGACAGGGGACAGUGACACGAUCCAUGUAUCUUCUACUUCUAUGUGGAGUGCGGGAUCUAAGAGAGAAGGUUAUGCCCGACCAGCAAGUUCUCUAGGUAAGAUGAGCACAGACAGAAAGAUUAGAUUGAGUACAAGACAACGAAUCCGGACGUAUACUGGGCGUAGCAUAUGGAAGCAAGUAGGCGAUAGAAUACGAGAGCUUAAAGAAGACGACGCGAAUACUUCUCGAUUAUAUAUCUACCAGUCAAGCUCCGCAGGGAAGAACUUCGCAAUCAGCUGCUCGUAGUAUGGUCGCAGCUUCGCAGGGUCAACCCGCUCGUCGCUCUUGCUGUAUAGAUCAUACGGGUUGAAGGCCUUGACAGCCUCCAGGUGCUUCAGGUCCUUCUCGUUCAUCAGGUGUUGGUAGGCGCCCUCACGGUGCCACGGGUAGAAACUGUGGUAUCUGAUCAUCGCCAGCGCUUCUUCCGGAAGAGUGCUCUGGUCCUUCAGAACGUGGUAUAGAUACUCAUCGUGCCCCCAAGAGAGCAUGACAUUCUCGAGGCCGCAGUGCGGCUGGUAGAUUCCAUACUCCGAGCUGUACACCGGGUCCACAGAGUCCGGGUUCGCGGCGAAGGUGUCGG